UUACACCCAUAUGAUACGUGUGUCGCGUAGAGUAUUGUAAUUAGGUCCACUGUCCAGAAAUCUUGUUAUUAAAAGCUUUCUGGAGUUAUUCCGUAUGUCUUAUGACACCUGUAGGGGAAUCUUGGCUUAUUAGCUAUGGAGGAUUCUAAAUCUACGGUACCGGGCGAGUCAGCCAUUCAGGGUGAAAUAUCACUUGAAGAGAUUGCCAAUCGCAAGGAUGAGUGUGUCCGUGUUUUGGAGAAGCUCAGUUUAGAUUUACUAUGUUUUUCGUAUUCUUCUAGUCCUGAUCACUGCCAGGAGUUUAACCGUAUGCUUGAGGAUUACCUGGAUAGCGUAUUGCUUGACGCACAUAAACAGUUGGCGCAUUAUCGUCUAUAUGGAGAGGAACCUAAUAAUAGAUUUUCGAAAACUCGUCUGCGGAAUCUGGAAACCAUCGUUCGUGAGGCUGAGGAGUGCUACGAGCGUUUUGAGCGUGCGAAGCGUGAAAAUCCCGAUCCUUCUAAAAUCGCUAUAGUCCCAAUAUUUGGUGUUGAGGAGUUGGGUUCUCGGAUUACGCAGACAUUACAGGAGCAGGAAAACAUGAACAAGGCAUAUGAGAAUUUGAUGGAUAACUGCAAGCGUCUGUUGGACAAUUCUGAGCAUAUGCGCAAGAUGUUGCGCAGUUUACGUGACCAGAGUCAACAUAUAUUUUACAAGCAAGUGCAGGUAUCAUCGUUAAUCGACGAGACUGCUACAAUGCUGGGUGUUUGUGUCCGUGACAAGGUUGCUGAUGACAUACAUUCUGCCUGUUUAUCGCAAGCUGCUUCUGAAUUCACUGUUGACUCAUGGUUGCGUAAAAUCAAGGAUUGUCAGGACACCAUGGAGAGUAUCCGCACAGAGUCUCAAACGUAUUACCGUCAGCGUGAGUCGAAUUCCGAUUCACCGUUGCCAUUGUUAUCUGAUGAGGAGCGCAACGAAAUUCAGGCUAAUAUUGAACGCAACACUAACAGUAUACUGCAGUUAUUACGCGGGGCAGAGUCAUUGCGGCUGAGUCUUUCGCAGGAUGCCUAGUCUUUCAUUACCUUCAUUGUUACGACUUCAACGUGAGUUAUCUAGUUUGGAUUUACCAGAGAACAUUGAGUUGCGUCCAUUUGACCUUGACGAUCUCUCCCGUCUGGAGUUAACUGUAACGGCAUCGGAAGGCAUUUGGCAAGGGAUUCCUAUAAAAUUUCAGUGUGUAAUACCUGAGGGAUACCCUCAUGAGCGUCUAAGGGUCAAAUGUUUAAGUUCGAUUCGUCAUCCUAACAUCCUGGGCGCGAACGCUCCUAAGUGUGCUGGAGCUGUUUGUCUAAAUAUUGUUCGUGAGGACUGGCGUCCCGUGUAUACUGUCGGAACAGCAGCGUUAGGUUUGCUUAAUUUGCUUGUGGAACCACAACCUAUCGAGCCAUUAGAUGCGGAAGCUGCGGAGCUUCUGGUGAGCAAUCCAGAGCGAUUGCGUGAACUUAGUCUGAAUCCUUUAAACUAAG